AUGAGCAGCUAUACCAAAGGAAACGAGGGAAGAGAUUGGGAAGGAAUGGUUCGAUCGUUUCCAUCGUAUGGAAAUUGCACAAAAGCUCUUCUGGAUUCGGGACAAUGCUGCGAAGAAGUGAACGACUACGAGCCAGAGGCCACAUCGUCGUCUGCUGACCCUAUCCCUACUGUAGCCCUAGCUAAUGGUGUAGAAAUGCCACUUCUUGGAUUAGGGACCACCCAUUCCGGAGGCUAUUAUCACGAUGUGGUCAUUCAUGCUCUUCGCAACUGUGGAUAUCGCAUGAUCGAUACGGCACGACGAUAUGGCGUGGAACGAGAACUCGGAUUUGCUUGGAAGGAAUCCGGCAUACCACGACCGUUCCUCUUUCUCUGUUCAAAAUUAUGGCCCACUGACUUUGGAUCCGAUACAAAACGAGCAUUCGAACUUUCCUGUGAGAAACUUCAAACAAAUUAUUUGGAUCUGUACAUGACUCACUUCCCCGUGGUUCCGGACUAUUUGGGGAAUGCUCGAUCCGUACGAGAGGAAACAUGGAGACAGUUGGAGCUUCUCUAUGACGAAGGUCGACUUCGCGCGAUUGGCGUAAGCAACUAUUCGGAAGAUGACCUAGCUGAGCUGAUGGAGUACUGUAGCGUUGUGCCGCACGUGAACCAGUGCGAGUUUCACCCCUGGUAUAACCCUGUUGAUCUGAGGUCCUUCUGUGAAGACAACGGUAUUUUGUAUACGGGUUACUGCCCGAUAGCAAAGGGUAAAUUCCUUGACGCUGACGUGCUGCAAACACUUAGUUCGAAGUAUGGGAAGACACCUGCGCAGAUAUGUCUGAGAUGGUCUCUCGAACAUGGAGUUCCUGUCAUCCCAAAAAGCAAGGAGAAGUACCGUAUCGCCGAAAAUAGAGAUGUGUUCGACUUUUCCUUAAACGAUGAUGACAUGAAGCAGUUAGAGAUUCUGCAACGAUGUCCAAUGAAACUCGUCCGUUUCGACGAUCUCCCGGAUAAAUUCGACCUGCCAGACGGCUACAAACUGAACGGACGUGUUUUCGGUGUUCCUCGUAGUUGUUUUUCAUCAGAAAACAAUCCGACACUUUUCACCAAUGGAUUUCCCGCCCGUCAAAAUGUUUGCUAA